AGCUCUCUCAUUCACUCACCAAAGUAAAGAGAAACAAUGGCGUCUUCUUCUCUUGCUACAUUGUCCCAAGUCUUACCUUCCUCAUCAACCAAACAUUCUUCUUCCUUGUCUCCUUUCCAAUCUUCUUCUUUCCUCAAAAUCAACGGUUCCACUUCCUUCAUCCCCUCCUCUAUCUCCCUCACUUCACGUGGCACAUCCUCCACGACCAUCAUCCCACGUGCUGCUGCCGCUGCAGGAUCUGACGACUCUAACGAAGCCGUAGCCAACACGACCUUCCACGGUCUCUGCUAUGUCUUGAAAGACAACAUAGACACCGACCAGAUCAUACCAGCAGGAGCCGCUUGCACUUUCCCAACGAACCAACAAGAACGUGACGAGAUCGCUGGUCACGCUCUCUCUGGUCUCCCAGACUUCCACAAAACCCGGUACGUUGAGCCAGGAGAGAACAGAUCAAAGUACUCGAUCAUAAUCGGUGGAGUAAACUUUGGUUGCGGAUCGUCACGUGAACAUGCUCCAGUCUGUCUCGGAGCAGCUGGAGCUAAAGCCAUAGUUGCUCAGUCUUACGCAAGGAUCUUUUUCCGUAACUCAGUGGCUACAGGAGAGGUGUUCCCGCUAGAGUCAGAGGUUAGAGUUUGUGACGAGUGUAAGACUGGUGACACGGUGACGAUCGAGUUGACUGAAACUGGUGGUUUGUUGACUAAUCACACAACCGGGAAAAACUAUAAUCUAAAGUCGAUCGGUGAUGCAGGACCGGUUAUUGACGCUGGUGGUAUUUUCUCUUAUGCGAGAAUGAUGGGAAUGAUUCCAUCAUUAGCUUAAAUCAUCUUCCACAAAAUCAUUACGUUCUCUGUUGUAUGCACACUACACAAGUCUCUGUUUUCGAAUAUGUGUGUUUAGAGUUCUCUAUUUCUUAACUUCUUUGCUUGUUACUUUGUUUUGUAAUAUUGGUGUUGUUACCUAAAGAAUAAGAAAUCAAAAAGGUCAAUCUAUCAUAUUGGUUAAGUAA